UGAUCCUGCCUGACAUGUCGCGAAGCCGAGCAUCGAUCCUUCCAUUCGCCCCCUGGCCUCGCUUCCGCGUCCAGAAACCGUGCCGCGGACGAACCGUCUGCACGCCCGCAAGCGCGAAGUUCGAACGUUCCUACCCCGGCAUCAGCGCCCCCAUCGGUGACUCAUCGCGGGAAAUCGCUGUCCUUAUCCUCUGUCAACAACCGGCUUUACGCCCGACGACAUGUCCGCCGUUUACCUUCUGGUGUUCUGUUGACAUUUUGUGCUACGGCAGCCUUUCAUCUCUCAGUCGUCAGCUGAGCAUCCGGCGCCUCCGUCGCUAAUGGGCC